AUGGAGGGUUGCGCACACAGAGGAAUUUUACUAGGUGAUGCUGGAUAUGCCUGCCGUCCUUUUGUAUUUACACCUCUCAGAGCACCACAGACAGACCAAGAACGUAGGUAUAAUAGGUCUAACAUAAAAACAAGGAACUGUAUAGAAUGGGCUUUUGGUGUGUGGAAGAGGAGAUUCAGCUGUCUUGGAAAAACCAUGCAGAUUUGUUUAGAAAACAACAAAGCAGUUAUAGUUGCAACAGCUGUGCUACAUAACAUUGCUAUACAACAACAAGUACGUAUGCCAGAUGGUGAUCCAGAUUUUAAUAAUGAUGAUGACCCUGAGGAAUACAACCCAGAUGGACGGGGGCAGGCCACUGGUAAUGCAGCACGGCAGCGGUAUAUCAGAGAUUUCUUUUAG